AUGGCUCGCCUGGCCCAGUCCCCACGGAUUCACCAAUGGUUUGGAAAAUAUUUGCUCAAGGGAUUCUCAACUGCAAUCGUCCCGUCACAAAGGUUGGACGAUGCAAUCCUCUGGCAUCUCUAUUACAGUGAUGAUGGGGAGAGUGAUGAUGGGGAGAGAUUGCCCUAUCCGGACACCGGCACCAUCCAAUGCGCUGAUGUCGAGGCCGACGAGAUCGCAAAAGGGCGUCAUAUCUUGGGAUGGUGCUCCGAGGCUCAGUUUUACGCCGGAUCAAAAGACGCCAACUAUGCCAUCAGAGAAUCUCGUCUCAGUUCACCCGGAAAAGACUUCUCCCUCGAGAAGGUCUCCUUCUCGGUCGGCCAGAUCGUCACGGGCGGUUGUCAGUUCAGCAUUGGCCGCAAAGACACCCCUAUCCGCAUCACCCGCGGGGGCUACGUCGACAAGCUCCGCUGGAUCCGCCAACGCUACUUCACCCUCUACGACGUCGAUGACAACCGAGGUUUUCUCAUUGAUGGAGCAAGCACUCUCCUGCAUCUUCUCCGCACCUCGCUCCAUCUCUCCUCGGUCGACGAGUUCGCGAGCGAGCUCCUCUUCGAACACUCCAAGUUCCAAGAAUCCCCCGAUCCGCUCAAGCGCAGCUCGGCGGUCAAAGUCCUCCUCAGCGAAACCAACCGCCGACUUCCCCUCUACCGCGAAGACGAACACACCUCCACGACCGUCCAGCACCGCAUCGAACAGCUCUACGAAACCCUAGAGAAGCUAGUCGACCACGCCCACCACGCCGAAGCCACACACAAAGGCGUCCACGCCAAACCGCGAAUUAGCAACCACCUCAAAGGCUGGGACUUCACCGAUCUUGCCAGCGACCGCGACCCCUUCCAUCUCAAGGUCGCCAAGCUACCGCUCUCCGUCAACUGGGUAGACUUCACGCGCGCCAUACCCGCCGUGACACUCUUCGGCCGUGGGUUCGGCGAGCUUAUCCGCCCAGCAGCCCAUCCCCACCCACAGCAACUCCAACAGGCUUGCCUCGACUGGAUGGCCCUGCCGACGGAUCAAUACCACCUCUGCGUGGGCGCCGCCGACCUCACCGCCAUCGUGCAACGCAUAGUAGGCAGUGACACAUCGACCACCAGCAACAACAACGCCCUACUCACCAUCGCGCCGGGGGUGGUGUGCCACAACCCCGGCGGCGACACCUUCAGCAGGUGUGCGUGCGAGCGAACCAAGACCCCAACCACAGCCGCAACACGUUCUGUAUUCAAAGAGACCGCUGGCAUCCAUCCCGUACUGGAACUUACUUCAGAGGGGGAACUAAGCAUCAAUCGUAUCUUCGGCGUUGGGACGGACGGGUCCGGCGCGGAAAUCGACCUCGCGGCCCAUCCGGACGGGGCGGUGAUACUGGGCACGCCGAAGCGCAGAUGGCCGUGGCAGCAGAACCCGCCGCCCGCUUUAUCAUUAGGCGCGGUGGACGAGGUUAACGAUAGGUCUUCCCUGCAGGGAGCGAGCCCGGGGGGUUCGGCGAGCUCGAGCUCGAGCUCAAGCACUUCCGAGCUGGACUCGGCGUCCGGGUCGGGAUCCGGGUUCGGGACGGUGACGCCGCUUACUUCCGUGGCUUCGGGCGAGAGUGGAGCGGGAGAUGCGGAUCUGGUAGGCGGGGGCUUGGGUCCCGUGGGUUCCGGCACGAAACGGCGCGGUUGGUGUAGUUCGGAGGACGGUAGUGAGGGAGACGGGUUUGGAAGAGUAGAGGGCAGCAAAAGGAGGAAGAUGUUGAGUAAAAUGAGGGAGACCACAAAGGAUAUAGGGGCUUUUUUGAAGGGGACACCAGGAAGGGAUGGGGACGUGGGCAUGGUGGGAGACGUGGAGAUGGACGAGGGGUGA